AUGUCGGCUGGGAUAACUGAGGUGAUAUUGACCGCUAUAUUCUUCUUGGUGGCAACAUUUGCGAUUGGCGUCAUCCCAAUCUAUUUUUUCAAGAAGAAAUUGGACACAGAUGACAUGUACCUUACCGCUUUUUCGCUGUUUGGCGUCGGUAUGCUGCUAGGUACUUCCUUUAUGCUUGUUAUACCAGAAGGUGUGUAUUCGUGCUUAGAACAUGAUGGUAAUGUGGGAUUAAAUUUGCUGAUAGGUUUUUUAGCAGUUCAUCUGCUGGAUCAUUUCGUUAAAUGGGUGGGAAAAGCAUCGAAGGAAGCAAGCUGGGCAUCCUUCAUGCAGCAAGACCCCGAACUCAACUCCUUUAAAGACCUUCUAAACUUCAAGAAAACAAGUGUUCUUGUUAUAAAAAAUAAUGUUGUAUUUGCCCUCGUUGUACAUGGUUUAUCAGAUGGACUGGCGCUUGGUGCGUCAAUUACCAAUGACUCACUAAAAGUGAUAAUGUUGAUUGCAAUUAUCGUUCAAAAAAUUCCCGCUGUGCUAUCGCUAACUAGUUUAAUGGUAUCAAAACAAAAGCUUCCGCCUCUUGUAGCAGUGUCGAACCUAUUAGCUUUUGCAGCAUCGACGCCUGUCGGGUAUAUUGUAGUUUCUCUUUUGAACCUCGGUAACUGGAAGGCAAUGGAGUGGAUAAGUGGCAAUCUCUUACUGAUGAGUGGUGGAAGUCUUUUAUAUGCCUCUUUUACUGCAUUCCUGGGAAACGAUAAUCAUCACCUGGAAACCAGAAAUGAUGGGUUUGUCGUUGUCGAUGGAGCCCCUAGUACGGAACCUGUCAAAGAUGUCAGCGAUGUCGAAAUUAAUUCCCCAUCCACUUCCCCAACACAUGUACCAUAUGGUGAAACUAUUUAUGUGAUGGCAGGUGUAUUAAUUCCAACGGUAAUCUCCUUUUUCGUGAAUGAAGGUUAA